GAGGAACAGAGGGCGAGGAAGAGGAAUGGAGGAGGGGGAAAAAAAGAGGACAGGAGGAGGGAAGAGGAGAGGGAGUAGUGGAGGAAGGGGAGGGAAAGAGGAGGGGAGGAGGGAGGAGGAAAAGGACGGGAGAGGGAGGGAAGGGAGGUAGGACUGCAGGGGGAGGGGAAGCGGGAGGACUGGGGAGCUCCCUGGCCCUAGACUGGAUGCGGGUUCCCGACUUGCAUCAGUAGCCUAGCAACCUCAGAAGGGGGUGGAUGUGUGUACCUGUCUGUGCGUGGGCGUGUGUGCGCGUGUGUGUGGAAACCGCUACACCUCCGCCACCACUUGAGAGGCGAGAAUGACAACCGCGUCCACUUAAUAAAAAAAAAAAGUAAAUAAGCGAAGAAGUAAAGGAAGAGCAGAAACUUGUAAGAGAAAGAGAUAAAAGAAGGAAAGAUAAAUAUUGGAGAAAACACUGAUUUUUAAAUUAUUUUGUUUGUGUUUGUAUUUCUAGUAGUCUUCCUCGUGUUUCUUUCAUUUGUAUUGCUUAGUUUUGUUGAGUUUGUUUUGUGUAUGUGUGGGUGUUUUUUUUCCUCCUGGCGAGUGUUGUGGACUGAAGGCAAGAAGAGAAGGUUAUUAAGUUUUUAUUUUUUUUAUUUGUCUUCUUACGUGGAGUUCUGUCAGACUGUAAUUCAUUCGCAGGACGAAAAAGGAAAAAGCAGAACAACAACAACACCACCACCAACAACAACAAUAACAACAGCAACAGGGACAACUACAAAUAGAAGAUAAGAAGAGCAGGAGGAGGAGGAGGAGGAAAGGAAGAUGAUAGGGAGGGGCAGGAUGAGGAGGGGGGUGAGUCUGGAGGUGAUAGUGGAGGAAGAUGACAACGCCGAGGUGACCUACGACCCCCUCCCCCCUUACGACGAGGAGGAAGAGGAGGAGGAGGAGGAGGAUGAAGAGGAGGACGAAGACGAGGACAGUGAGAAUGGACGAUCUUCAGCCCGCCGCUCUGCAUCAGCAGGAGGAGGAGGAGGAGGAGGGAGUGGAGGAGGAGCUACAGGAGUGGAGGAGAGGAGGAAGAAGCGGGAGAGAAGAAGGACUUUGGCUCUUUCCAGACUCCGGUCCGUAUCCUGUGAGACGCUGACUCUUUUGGACACGAGCGACAUGGACUCCUGCUGCUCCGAGUGGGAUGACGACGAGCACCAAUCAGCAGGCAGCAAGAAUUACGUCACCAUCAACCGACCAAUCAGCCGCCGCCGCAUCCUCGAGAGCAACCAUUGCGACUCCGAGGACUCCGGGAUCGAGUAUCAAUCCAACGAGGACGAGACCAACGCCGGGGACCAAUCAGGGAGCGAGGAGCGGCAGGCGGAGGACCAAUCACACGUCGACAUUCACGAGGCGGAGACGGCGACCGAAUCAGAGGGCGAGGACGAUUCAGAAAGACGUGUUUUGAUUGGCGGAGGAGAGUCUGAUGCUUCCCGGUUCGUCCAAUCAGCUUCAGCCUCGCAUUCAAUUGUGGAACGCGUGGAAGAGGAAGAAAAGAUGAAUGGAGAGGAGGAAGAGGAGGAGAAACAAGAGGAGGAAGAGAUCACGGAGGCGGAAAUGAGGGGACAUGAGGAGGAGGAAUCGGCCAAAAUGAAGAUCGAGGAGGAGAAGAGGAAGAAGGAGGAGGAGGAACGAGGAGGAAGAGGAGGAGGAGGAUUAAUGGAGAUGAGCCCAAGGGAGGUAUUGGAGAAUGACAAUGUGGUGAUAGUGGAGAAAACUACCUCCACCUCCACCUCCAUUUCCUCCUCCACUCCUCCACAUCUCUCCACAUCAGUGCAGAACAACAAGAAGACAAAGAAAACGACAAGCAACCAACACGGAAAGCGGGAAGGAGAAGAAGAAACGAACGCAGAAGAGGAAGACGAGGAGGAGACCACCGAUGAGCUGCGGCAGAAGCGGGCGGCCUACACGAUCCGGAACAAGGAGGUGCAAUUGGAGGAGCUGCCGGCGCCGCACACCGUCCGGAGCGUGCGGCAGCUCUUCGAGAACCAGAGUGCCCCGCUUGGCCAUCUGAGGGCGUGGCGGGACCUGGGCCGGUUCCGCGCCAUCAAGUCCAAUCCCUCGAGCAAGAUCUUACGUUUCGACCGAAGUGACAGCACGGAAGGACAGUCUACUCCGCGAUGUCGCCCUGGCUCCUCCUUCACCCUGCCACGCCUGCCCAGCCAGCGCCCCAGCCCCCCCACGCCCUUCGAUACCCUCCUACGACAGCCCAAACAACCCAAGACCCCCUCCGCCAUCCCACGACCGAAGGAGAAGCAGGAACGGCCAAGGAUCUCAAGGGAAGUGGCGGAGACGGAGAGUGGGAAUGUUGUACAGCUGCGGAAGCCAAGUGUUCGAGGUUUUAACGUGAAGAAGGCGCUGCAGGAGGACCCACGGACAUUCCACGCCCAUGCUCACUCCCCCGCUGCGCCCUCUAGUAAAGCGACGCACGCCCCACACAUCCGUAGAAGCUUAGGGGUGAAGGGAAGGGCGCUGCAUCCGAGCGAAGUCCCAGAUCGCUCGGACACGGAAUCGCUCUCUUCAGACAUCAGCGAAGACAGUGGAGUGAGCAACGACUCCUCACACACCUCCUCCACCUCCUCCCACACCUCCCCCUCCUCCACAAGAGUUAGUUCGACCUCCUCCUCCUCCACCUCCUCUUCCAGCACCUCGAUACCCAAACCCUCCUCCUCCUCCUCCUCUUCCUCCAGGUCUUCCCGCUCCCUCGACGCCAACAGUUCCGAUCCAAGUUUCAAGUGGAUCGACCCCGCAGUCAUGGCCAAGAUUAGGUCGGUGGGCACGACGGUCAUCUUCUUCGGGCCGCGCCAGAGGGCGGCGCAGAACAGAGGCUCGUCCUGCGACCUCCUCAACAGGCCGCUGCCCAAACACCUCUUCAAGACGACACCGCCAGCUGCUCCGAGGAUCGUGGGCGUCCUGCGGAAGAAAUCCCCCGCCCCCACGCUGCCAGGGGGGGUAGGGGGAGGGGGGGAGGGCGCGGGUACCCACCAGAAGUGGAAGAAGGCGCCCGACACUUCAGUGAUUUACGAUUUUACACGUCACCAAGUCGCCCCGUGGAUGUAACCCGAUGCCUCCGCUUCCUCUUGAUUUUCCUCUUGAUUUUCUUCUUACUUCCUCUCCUUGAUUUUCUUCCUCUGACUCUUCUUUUUCACACUCUCUUUACUCAUUUUCUUUUCCUUACUGCUUGUUUCCUUUUCAUUUCUUCCUCUUCCUCAUAAUUUUUAUUUUUUCUUCCUCUUACCAUUCAUCUUCCUCUUCAUUUUCCUCUUUUUUCUUCCUCUUACCAUCACUUUUCCUCUUCAUUUUCCUCUUUUUUCUUCCUCUUACCAUUCACCUUCCUCUUCAUUUUCCUCUUUUUUCUUCCUCUUACCAUUCACCUUCCUCUUCAUUUUCCUCUUUUUUCUUCCUCUUACCAUUCACUUUCCUCUUCGUUUCCUCAUUUUAUUUUUCUCUUCUUUUAAUCUUACAGUCUCUCUCACUUACUUCUCUUCCUCCUGAUUUCCCUCUUACUUCCUCUUCCCAUUCCUAUAUCUUUUCCUCCUUUUCUUCUUUCCCUUCUCGUUUUUUUCCUCUUAAUUUCUCCAUUCACCCCUUUUUAUCUGAAUAUUCCUCUUGUUCUUCAUCCUUCUUUUCCUCUUCUUUCUCAUCUUCAAUCUCUUCCUCUUCUACAUUUAAUUCCUCUUAGUUUUUCUCUAUUUCUUUUUGGUGAUUUAGAUUUUCCUUUUCCUUUUUUUCUUUGCUUAUAUUUCUUCUCGCUCUUCCUCCUCGCGUCCUUUAACUCAAUGUUCCUCUUUUUUCAUCUUACUCUUCCUACAAUUUCUCCUCUUGCCAAUACUCCUCUUUCCUUCCUUUUUAUCCUUCCUCUCUUCCUCGUCCUUACAUCAAUACAUUUUUUCCUCUUUCAAUUCGUCCUAGUCCUCUAUUUCUUAUCAUUUACAUAUUUUCCCUCCUCCUCCUCCUCCUCCCAAGGUCGUUACUCCAUAUCCUUCCGAUCCUCCUUAUUUUCCUCCCUUCAGAAUUCCUCAUGUUGAACAGCAAUAUAUAUCCUCCUCCUCCUCCUCCUCCUCCUCCUCCUCCUCCUCCGCCUCCUACUCUCCCCUCCUCUGCCUCCUUUCUCCUUCCCUUCCCAUUUUUUUCUGUUGUCUUUUUUUCAUUACGUUCAUAGU